AUGCCUCCGACACUGGAAAUCCUGACGAUCAUCGCGGACGGGCUUCGCGGUGUGCGACUGGACUUUGGCGUGAACGUCAACUUCGAGGACCGCUACCACCUCGUGCGCAUAGAGCUCAUCCGGAUGACAUUCGCGCUCGAGAAGCAGCGGCGCGAGUGGCUGCCCGCGGAGCGGCGGGAGGUGUUUCGUAAGGAGUAUUCUAGGUGCGCUUUGAUGCGGAUUUCUCGCGACUUGUCGGACUGGCGCCAGCGAAGGCCGUCCGCGUCGUUUGGCGGUGCGCGGGCGAGGAGGGCUGAGGCGAAGCGAAUGUUCCACCAAGCGCGUGAUUUGCGGAUGCAGGUGGAGAGGGAAGUCAUGGAUGCAUUGUGGAGGCAGCAGCAGCAGCAGCAAUUGGCAUCACGGUCUAGUGUAGAAACAGAACACUCAUCCAUUCCUUUAUAGAUCUUCCUCGAUAUGCUCAUCUUGUAUUCGUUUCGUCGUCUGCUUCAUUUCGUACAGUGUGCGAUUGACAUUUGCAUCAUUAUUAUCCAC